UCCGCCGGCCUGUGUCCACCUCAGGCCCCGGGGGUGCCCACUGGGAGAGUCAGGGCGGCGGGCACGGAGGCGGCGUGCCCGGGGCCCGGCCGUGUUGCGCUGAGGGAGGCGAGGGCCGGGCGGUGACACGUAGCGUCCCGCCGCCCCCCCCGCAGGCGUUACACUGAAUGUUCUGAGGGGCCGGGCGGGGGCUCCGCGCCCACCUGCAGCCGGCCGCACCCGUAGCGCUGUCUGCUCCAGGGCUCUGCACGUUUCGGCCCUGUUCCUGCUUCCAGCCGCGGCUGCGGAGGGGUUUAGUGCGAUGCAUAGAUAGCACUGGGGUUGCUUUUAAUUUGUCGUAGCUAAUCGGAUUUUAAAAAGUUGGAUCGCGUUCUCCUCAGGAAGCUGUGUGCCUCUUUGUGGUUUGCUGCCUGUUGCGGAUGUGUUUUUCAGUUUUCUUGAUGACACCAACCUACAGAGAGAUGUGACUUCUUACCAGAGAAACAAAGCUAAUUCAGCAUAAGGCAAAAGUUCAUCUUAAUCAUAAAACUUUAAUAACAAUACGAUGAAACCUUGCUUAAUAGACAUAAUAACAGCAAGCUCUUAAUCAGUUCGUUUGUAUAUAAUAGAAAUGUUUGAGAUCAAGUCCUGCAGUAGUAAGGUAACUUUAGCUGUUGAGCAGUAUUUAGUGAGUACGCUUCUAAGAAGAGUAUUAUAAAAUUUCAGCCCCCUGAAUCAGUAGAUUAAAUGAUAAACUGCCCUUGAAUUGGGGAGAAAGAAGUGCGUGUUUAUUCCAGAAAAGCUGAUUCAAAGACAUGCAUGUUAGACUGUAUUGUGGCCCCUCAAUAAAUUCUUAAGUUAAUUCAUGCUUAUCAAAUGCCACUUAAAAAAUAUUUUUGAACAGUGUAGGUCCUUGUCCCCUGCUAAAGCAUGAAUCGUGAUUUAAAUCCAAAAUAGUUCCAAUAUGAAUAAUCACAUUCCAAGAACUGGAGAUUUAAGCAAUGUUAGAUGGGUGCUGGAGUGUAUUUGAAACAUUACUAGUUUGAGUGCUCCCCCAGAAGUUUUUGAUAGUACAGUGCUUUCAUCUGAAAACUGAAAGGUUUUUUAAUGUUUGUUAACUGUAUCUGCGCUGUAAUGUGCCUCUUUUUUUUUCCUUUAAUAACAAGGGCAAACCUCCUCUUUACCUUGAAAUAAACUGUCAAUUACGAAUGCUGUUAUCCUUCAGUAUCCUUCUUCUGCUUUGCUUUUAUGGCACACCUGAAGAGAUGCUUCAGACCUGUAAAUGUGACUGGUAGGGGAGAGAGACCUGUUCCUAACUAUGUCCAGGAGAAAGCUGGAGAACAAGAGCCUUUCUGGCUUGUUAGCCAUGUCUCUGCAGACACAAAUCAGGACGGACAAUUUCUACAACUCUUACAUGCUGGAGUCAAAAGAGCUAGGAAGAGGAAGAUAUGCUGUGGUUAGAAAAUGCAUAGCUAAAUCCACAGGCCAAGAAUAUGCAGCUAAAUUUUUAAAGAAAAGAAGAAGAGGUCAAGACUGCAAAGCAGAGAUUCUCCAUGAAAUUGCUGUGCUUGAAUUAAUGAAAUCUAAUCCUCGCAUAGUUAAUCUCCAUGAAGUCUAUGAAACGACAAAUGAAAUCAUCCUAGUGUUGGAAUAUGCUGCUGGAGGAGAAAUCUUUAACUUAUGUGUCCCAGAUCUGGAUGACAGAAUUGGUGAAAGUGAUAUUAUAAGACUUAUAAGGCAAAUACUUGAAGGACUUUGCUGCUUGCAUGAAAACAAUAUUGUUCAUCUUGAUUUAAAGCCUCAAAAUAUUUUGCUGAGCAGCAUCAAUCCUCUUGGUGAUGUGAAAAUUGUAGAUUUUGGUAUGUCUCGGAAGAUUGAGAAUACUAGUGAACUGCGGCAAAUCAUGGGAACGACAGAAUACCUAGCUCCAGAAAUCUUAAACUACGAUCCUAUUACCACAGCUACAGAUAUGUGGAACAUAGGUGUAAUUUCAUACAUGCUGCUUACACAAGAAUCUCCGUUUGUGGGAGCCGACAAUCAAGAAACUUUCCUUAAUAUAUCUCAAGUUAACGUGGAUUAUUCAGAAGAAAUAUUUUCAUCAGUUUCACAGCCUGCCAAAGACUUCAUUCAAAAACUUCUCAUAAAAAAUCCAGAGGAAAGACCCACAGCAGAGGCCUGUCUCUCUCAUUUCUGGUUGCAGCAAGGGGAGUUCAUACUCUUGUGCAGCCCUGAAGAAACUUGCUGCCCUUCUCUGAUGCCAGGACAUACAACAAAAUGCUCAGAAGAGUGGAAUGUAAAAUCCAGUUGUAAUGGUACUUGUAGCAACAAGGAAGACAAAGAAAACAUUCCAGAGGACAGCAGUACUGUCUCCAAACGUUUCCGGUUUGAUGAUUCAUUGCAGUAUCCCCAAGACUUCAUGACAGACUUCGUAUGUUAAUAUGUAAUGUAGACUUUUACAAAAAGGAAUUUAACAUAAUCUUUUCCAGUGGUGAAUAUAGGAUUAUGGCUUGCCAAUUUGUGCAGUGUUGGUAUACUUGAAAUGCACUUUGAUUCUUUUAUGCUGGUACUUCCUUUUCUAUCCGUUGCUGGCAAUGGAUUUAACUCCUGAGAAACUGGGGUUUUAGCACCAAUAAAAUGAAUUAUUUUUUGAAGAAGAUAUAAUUAAAUAUUUUUGCACUUUUCAAGUUUUAAUCCAAAAAUGAUGCCAGAUUAAAACCAGGAAAAUGAGUUUAUUUAAACUAAUUUUCAGAGUUUUUGCCUAAACCUCGAGCUUUGCCAAACAGUGGCUGAAUAACACGUACAUUUUUGACUGGCCUUAAGAACUUGAUCUAAGCAGGGAAACUGAAUCUAGCUGUCUUAAUGGGCUUAUUUGGGUUAUGAUAGGUUUGUUGGGGCCAUUUGGAAUACUGCUCUCUCUCUGGGAUCGUUAGUAGUUAAGGAAAUGUUUCUGUCAUAUAAAUCUGGUCCGCCUAGGGAUUAUAAUGCAUAUUCUGCAUGAUUUCUCCUGUGUUGGAUCUCCGUAAUACUUGAACAGAAGAUGGGUAGAUUGUCAGUCCUUGUGCCUAGUGAUCCUUUGGCUCUUACCAGUGAGUUGUAUUUGAAGAGGGUGAGAUUCCCAUGCUGUCAUGAAUAUUUGAUACACUUGUUAGUUUGCUUCCAUAAAACCUCUGAAAUAGAGUUGUCUGCCUGCGUUGAUCUAUUUCUCAUCUUAAAAUAAGCAAACUAACACCAAAUGACAAAAAGCCCCUUCAUAGUUAAAAUUAAUAACUGAAUAAUCUGAAAAUAACUAUUUUUGCCAGUAAAGUUGCAAUUAAAAACUUUUAUUAUGCCCUUUUAAUGUAGAUGGGCAGUGCAUUUUUCUAUCAAUUAUUGUUAUUCACAAUAACUUAGCUUCUUGCCCUCUCUGAGAAAUGGACUGCAGUGUGUUAAUAUUUAAAGACAAACUACCCAAUACUUGUUUUUAAGCCUUUAAAUUUGCUUUGUUUAGUGGGUUUGUGUUUAAGUUAUAUCCCUUCUAAUUCCUGUUACUAGUCUCUGAGAAAUAUUGCCUAUGUCAAAUUUCAGCUUAGAGCAAAUAACAGUCAUGUCUCAACAGCCUGAAACUAAUAGUCUACCGUUGAAAUACUGACAAGAUAAGAUCCUAAUCAUAACACUGAGGCUGGAAGUCUGUUUGUGUAGGUAAUGUAUUAAAACACCUAUAAAUAUUUGGAAAGUAAAUAGCAUUUCAAAGUAAUUUGGGGAUUUUUUGUUCCUCAGAGCUUAGACUUAGUACUCUUUUUGGUUUGGUUUGUUUUGUAUAAUAAAAUAUCACAAUCUGAUGAUCUUUUCAAGUGUGCCUGUAGAUCUGACAAUAGCUAGGCAGAUUGAGGGUUUUUUUUUAUCUUCACGAAAGAAAGAAACAAUUUUUUAUUUUUUUAAUUUUUUUUACAAAGAUUUUAAUGCAAGGUUUCCUGAUAAUGUAUGGGGGAAGUUGAGGACUGUUGUCUUUUAUUUUGGGUGACAUUUCUGUUGACAAGUGAAAAGUCAGCUGAGAUGUAUUCAGCUUAUAUUUGCAGAAGUAAAAAAAAGAAUUAAAAAAUCUGAGACUUAAUGUCAAGUGAAAUGAAAUAAUAGCAUGGAUAAAGCUCAGAUGCUUAGGUGUAUAAAUGAACUGCACUGACUCUCCUCUGUAUUUUAUUUACAGUGAUAAUGAUAAUAUAUAAUUAUAAAAUGAGUUUGCUGGAGGCACUUGGAUUGUGUUCAGGUACCUUAUAAACUUACUUUUCAAAGUCCUUGUUUUUAAACUAUUUUAUGCAGACAUGUUUAGAAGUUAACAUUCACUGAAGAUAAAGAAUAAUUUUUUUACAAAAAGCUGUAAUGGAUAAAGGUAGAAAGGUGUUGCAUUUUAAGUCUCCAAAAUUAUUACUGAUCUGAAAUUACAACUGGGAAGCCUGUGAAAGUCUUUGUACUAGUGUUCUGUUUUUUAGCAUCUGAAAAUAAAGCUGAAAGCAUAUGCCAGCACUUUAUGAAAAAGUUAUUAUUCCUUAAAGUUUUUAUCAUGUUAUCUGAUGUUUUACAUUUCUUACUACUUUUGGAGCUAACUUAUCUUUAAAUUAAAAAAAAAAAAGGUCUUAUCCAAGAAACUUAAGUUUUGAAGUUUGUACUUCAUGUAAAUUCAAAAUAUGCCUUGAAUCAGAGUUUGUUUGGAUUAGCAUGUUGGAUUUAUUUUAAAAAUAUUAAUGUGCAUACAUAACAUUCUGUUGAAUGUAAAUACAUACAUUGUAGAAAAUUUUUAGCCUGUCUUGCUUCCUGCCAUAUUACUGGAGAUUAUGAAUUGUAAAUGAGUGAUGAGUAACUCAUCAUCAUGAGCGAUGAUGAUCAUUUUAAGAUGACUGAAGACAUAUUUCAAUGCAGUUCAUGACCUUUUUAUAUUAAAAAAGUAAUAAUAAACUUGCCUUUUUUCAAAA